UAAUUGAGGAACAUUAUACAAUAUCAAUGUAAAAUGUAUGAGCAAAUAUUCACAUCACACUCUACCCGCAGAUGUGUAGAAUCGAUAUCACAACGGUUCAAGUGGAUUCUGGGGGAUAUUGACGAAAAGUGCACUAGACUGGCAUAAGGAUGUUUGGAUUGAGAAAUAGUUUGACCACUUUGUUUGUGUUAACGACGUUCCCUCUCUUCCUCAAAGGUUUCGACUUCAACGGAAGCAAUCGAACAAGACAGGGGGUUCUCAAGGAACUGCUGAAUGAUAGCAGCUAUGAUUCCAGCCUAUCGCCAGAGUUUGAAGAUGACAUCCCCACAGAUGUGACAAUACAGAUUUUUAUAAUGAGUAUCGACUCCCUGAAUGAAGUGUCCAUGGAUUAUUCAAUGACGAUAUUCCUACGUCAGAAGUGGGUGGACAAGCGCCUGGUCUACAAGCCAGUUCCGGGUAUGAGUAUGUUAGAACUGGACAGUCGUAUGAUCGAGAAGGUUUGGGUACCGGACACCAUUUUUUCGAACGAGAAGAGAGCUAGCUUCCACGAAGUGACCGUACCAAAUAAACUCAUGCAGCUUUAUCCCAACGGAACUGUCUUUUACAGCGUCAGAAUAUCGAUGACUUUGUCAUGUGACAUGAAGCUAGCAUCCUACCCACUGGAUUCACAACAUUGCCUUGUCGCCGUCGAAAGUUAUAGCUACUCCACGGAGAAUGUGGUGUUCCAGUGGCAUCCCACCCAAGCUAUCAGGAUGAUGUCGGAUAGACUCCUUCCUCAAUUCUUCUUCUCCAAGGAGGUGUCGUUUGAAAGCGACUGUCUGAGGGACUACGGUGAAAGUGGUAAGUUUUCCUGCUUGGAGGCCAAACUUCAUCUCAAAAGGAACAACGGUUAUUAUAUCGCCCAGAUAUUCAUCCCAAGUAUCCUGAUCGUCAUGCUGUCGUGGGUCUCGUUCUGGGUAGACGCCGAGGCAACACCUGCUCGGGUGUCUUUAGGAGUUCUAACAGUUCUCACCAUAACGACUCAGAGUUCUGGUGCACGCUCCCAACUACCGCGCGUGUCUUACAUAAAGGCAAUCGACGUUUGGAUGUCAACCUGUCUAAUGUUUGUGUUCGCCUCCCUCCUAGAAUAUGCCUACAUCAAUGUUCUGACGCGAAAACGUCGUUCUAAAUUGAUGACAGCCCUCCAGAUUGGUCCGGAGGGAAUGCUGACUACUAAGACUCUUCCCGAAGAGAGCGACCGGAGGACGUCAGGUGUGGUUCUGUACGACCGUUCUAGUGAAGCAAGGAAGGUGGAUAAAAUAUCACGAGUUGUCUUUCCUGUCACGUUCGGAGUAUUCAAUCUGGGAUUCUGGACAUGUUAUAUAUUAUACAAUCCAAGCUAGAAGUGAACAGACACAUACUUGUUCAUGGACCUUUUUUAAUGUUCUGGUGGCGAUAUAUCGCGUGCAGAUUUAUUGUUUUAAUUCGUUGAGGAGGAGCAGACGAGAUGACAAAAUAACUGGUCACAAUUCCUUUGGGGUACGUUAAAAUAACGACCAGUGAAUGAACAUGAACAUUUAUAGAUUUAUAUGGAGACCACAGAGGAAAAUAAUAUAAAGACCUAGUGUUCCGGAAUGAUCAGCGUCUUUAACAUCAUCGACAACACCCUCCAUGUGAUUCUAGGUGAAAAUAAAGAACUGAAACGGUAGAUGCUCUGGAGGAAGACUACUGUCAUGUAUGUUUUAUUCCAGCUGUCCAGCGUAUCACCCUCUGUAACAGUACAGCGUAUCACCCUCUGUAACAUUUAAAGUCAAAUCAUCAAGUGCCUGUCUUUAACUAUGCACGUGACGUUAUGAGAACCUUUUGUGUUGUAAUCUCUAUUGGUUUGAUAUUAACGAAAAAUAUCGAUUACCACACUCUUAUAUCAACAAUAUUCUCCGUGAAGUUAUCUAAUUUUCAGUGUUCAUAAUUUACAUAAAAUGGUGUUAUAUAUGUUUACCAUUUUGUUUAUAACUCUGAUAUGGACUUGAAUUAAAGGUUAAAA